AGCACCUGGCGGGAAUAAAACAAUAAACGUGAUCUGCGUUCCUGCUCGGACACGGCCCAGCACACGAAGAGAAAAUCCGCGCCAUCUCACGUGGAGGAUUUGUAGGUUCAGCCCCCCCCCGCAUUUUUUAGAUUAAAUAGCGUUGCAUCCAUGUAUACAUUCUCAAUAUGUUUACAGCGCGAGGCGAGUGCGGAAUGCGCGUCCUGUGCGGGAAAAGUUGUGGGAGUAACCUGCGGUUUUGAGACUUUUGGAGAGGGCUAGGACUCUGGACAACCAUGCACACGGAUGUGGUGCUGCUCUUCCUGCUGGUUUGGAUGGCCGGUGUGUCCGGACAGACGCGUCCGAAGGGACAAGUGCUGCAGCCAUGCCUAAACGUCAGCCCCAUUUUCAAGAGGAGUCCAGAUAUAACUAAAGUCUGGGGUCAGAAGUCAGAGCAGCUGCUGAGUAUAGACGACCACGACUUUACAAUGCGACCAGGAUUCGGAGGGCCUGCCGUCCCUGUUGGAGUGGAUGUCCAGGUUGAAAGUUUGGAUGCUAUCUCAGAGGUCGACAUGGACUUUACUAUGACGCUGUAUUUGAGGCACUACUGGAAAGAUGAACGUCUGUCCUUCAGAAGCAACAACAACCUGAGCAUGACCUUCGAUGGCCGCCUGGUGAAGAAGAUCUGGGUGCCGGACAUGUUCUUCGUCCACUCUAAGAAGUCCUUCACCCAUGACACCACCACUGAAAACGUCAUGCUGCGAGUUUACCCAGAUGGCAAAGUCCUCUACAGCCUCCGGGUGACAGUCACAUCCAUGUGUAGCAUGGACCUGAGUCGCUUUCCUCUCGAUACACAGACAUGCUCUUUGGAGAUAGAGAGCUAUGCAUAUACAGAUGAUGACCUGAUGCUGUACUGGAAGGAAGGGAACAGGUCACUAAACACAGACGAGAAAAUUUCCCUCUCGCAGUUCCUCAUCCAGAAGUUUCACACCACCACCAGGCUGGCCUUCUACAGCAGCACGGGCUGGUACAACCGUCUGUACAUCACCUUCACUCUGCGGCGUCACGUCUUCUUUUUCCUGCUGCAGACCUACUUCCCCGCCACUCUGAUGGUCAUGCUGUCCUGGGUGUCCUUCUGGAUCGACCGCAGGGCCGUCCCUGCCAGAGUACCACUAGGUAUAACCACGGUGCUCACCAUGUCCACCAUCAUCACUGGAGUCAACGCCUCCAUGCCCAGGGUGUCCUACAUUAAAGCUGUGGACAUUUACCUCUGGGUCAGUUUUGUCUUUGUGUUCCUGUCGGUGAUAGAGUACGCUGCCGUCAACUACCUGUCUACUCUACAAGAACGCAAGGAGAGGGUCCUCCGAGAGAGGCUGCCGUGUACCUGUGGUUUGGCCCAUCCUGGCAUGAUGUCAGCCAGCUACAGUGAGGUGGACGCCAACACGACGGGGAACUACGGCCUGCCGGAGGAGAAUGGGAUAAAACGGCAGAGGAUGCUGGUGCAGCUGGUGAUGGAGAGCGACCAGAUCACCGGCCACGUCGGCUCCACCGCCUACAGCAAGGUCGGGAUCGACACGCACAUCAUAGACAAGUACGCCCGAGUCCUCUUUCCUGGAUCUUACUUCUUCUUCAACAUCAUCUACUGGUCGAUCUACUGCUAACACAGAUGGGACUCGAGCAGACCUAACAUGACUUCUAGCAGACGUGUGAAAAAUCUGCCUCACUGCUCGUCAAAGUGGUUUACAGACGCACUUGUGCUUUAAACUUGCAGAUUUGGGUUUUUUUGUCUUCAAAUUUGAAAAAAGAAGAUGGAACUAGGGCUGGAAAAAUUCCCCUGAUGUGAAAAUCAUAUGUAAUAUUAUUGCCUUUUUGUUUUUUUUUACAAAUUAUCUAAUUUAUCCUGAUUUUAGUGUAAUAUAAAUAAGCUUUAUUGUUCGGCUAUUAUAAGGUAUAUUGUUGCUUUUUAAAUGAAAGAUGACAGUUUUAAUAAUGACUUUAACUAAUUAAAUACUUGUUUAAUGGAGAACAUAGCAGCGAUUUGAAGCGCAGCGAUUUUUUUCAGGUGAGCGUAAUAUCCGCAGAAGUAAAACCGUCGACACAAGGUAGAGUACUUCCCUUCCCGCGCCUCCUCCAGUUGUGAUUGGACGACUGUGGAAAAAGUGGCAGUGACGAGCACGGCUUUUUAACCAAAGAUGAACAUUUUUCAACUCUCAGCGCCUCGUCACGCUGCUGGCUUUUGUAGCAUAGUAUGAAUACGCUGCUGCGCUCCAAUAGAAAAUCUUUUUUUUUUUUUUAAGUAAAACAUAGCGGUUGUGGCAGUUGCUUGCCAUCCUUUGUGGUUGGCUUGCAAUAUUGCGUUUAUUGCGACAGCCCGAGAUGCAACAGUCCAAUUCAAAGAAAGACUCCCAAAAACACAUUCUACUUCACCUCGGUCCUCGGGUCUCCACUGGACAGAACCUCAGAGGACGUUUGUGGACAGCUAUGUCUGGACAUUUUGAAAGUAAGAGGUUGUUAUCUGCCAGUUGUUCAGGGUUUUCCCCAACUGGUCCAGAGCUUAAUAAACUCUUCAAUCAAGGGCUAAAAACUAAUUCUAGGCAGUACAUCAGUAAAUACAGUGAUGGAGCCUAUGGUCCAUUUGUUUUUGAUUUAGUUGCUGUUUUUUUGUUGAAAUUAAAGGACAGGUCCAUAUUUUACUCCAAGAGCUCUAUUUUAACUAAGCAAAUGGAAAGACACUUCUUCAGGAAGUCCCAUUGUGGUCUGGAUGACAACAUAUGUGUUUUUUCAUAAUUUCAUCUAUCUAUUCACCAUAUGCUGCCCCAGUAUGUUUUUUUCAUUUCAGGUUCUUAUUUGUUCAUCUAGUUUUUAAACAAUGACUGAUAUUUGGGAACAUUCAGCACCUAGACUGUGGUGAUCGGAUGGUUUUAGUGAACCACAUCCAUCAGCCAACAGUGACUGGGAGGACGGCAUAUACAAAUGGUGUGAAAUCAGAUAUGAGGACAUUUUUAAUGACUUUGUAGUCUCUUGGUGUUGAUGGCUCCACUAUGAGGAACUAAAAAUGUACCGAAGCUGAAAAAGUCUACACAGAAAGUUGAAAUUUCUAGAUACAAGUUACUCUAAAGAGUAAUUAGAACCAGGACUGAGUGGGGCAGACUGUCAGACCUGAUGCAGUAAAACGAGAGGGACUCUGGGGCUCAGAAACACUACCACGUUUGUCCACAGGGGCCG